AUGGUUUCCUUUGAUGUCACGUCCAUUUUUACUUCUAUCCCGCAGCACCUGGCAGUCGAGACAAUCGAAUUACUCCUACGAGAGAAGUACGACGAAACGGAGAAUCGCCUCGGACACGCCCAAAUCAUCCAGCUGCUGAAGUUUCGUCUCAAGACGCACUUUACAUUCGACGGAACAAUCUACGAGCAGGUGAAGGGAAUGCCAAUGGGUUCGCCGAUUUCGGGACUCAUAGCCGAGGCGGUCCUUCAACGGCUGGAGUCGCUGGUUUUCCGACACCACAGACCGAAAUUCUGGGCUCGGUAUGUGGAUGACACCUUCGUCGUCAUCGAACGAGAUCAGGUGCUGACUUUCAAAGAACAACUCAACGCCGUCUUCCCGGACAUUCAAUUUACGAUGGAGGAGGAGGAAAACAAUCAGCUUGCCUUCCUGGAUGUCCUCGCCUGCCGCAAAGUUUGUGGUGGCCUAAAAACCAAAAUGUUCAGGUAAGCGACAAAUACGACGCAAAUACUGAACUCCAAUAGCAACCACCCGAACAGUCACAAACGCAGUUGCGUAAGGGCGCUAUACCGGCGUGUUGAGACGCACUGCAGUGAAAUGGAAGACAAGGUUGCUGAAUUACAAUAUCUUCGACGGGUAAUGAGAGCCAAUGGCUACCCGCGCAACUUUGUCAACCAGUGCAUACGAGAAGGACACCAGAGACCAAAUCCAACUAGCCCCAAAUUUUGGCGGGCUCUUCCGUACGUGAAGAACGUCUCGGAAGCCGUCAGUCGUCUUCUCACUCCACUUGGAGUUGGGGUUGCACACAGGCCGGAAGCAACCAUAAGCGCCAAGUUAUGAGGCCAAAAGACCCGCUGCCACGGCAGGAAACCUCUGGAGUCGUUUACCGGAUCUGGUGUAGUUGCGGACAAAGCAAUUAUGUCGGAGAAACUGGGAGAUUACUCCGUACGCGACUUGCCGAGCACGCAGCAGCAGUGAGGCGGGGAGACGCUAACUCUCAGGUGACAGCACACUCGACGGGACCCGGCCAUAAUUUCAAAUUUAAAGAGGCCGAAAUCCUCGCAAGGGGUGACAACCGCCUGAGCCGCGAGCUGCUCGAGUCAUGGUUCUCAGGCCCGCAAUCCAUCAACAAACACAAUGACCUCCCGGUGGCCUAUUCCGUAUUGCGAUUUCCCCUGGGCAGGAGAAUCAGUCACGUGGGGAGGGCGCGGGUAAGCAAUUAUCGCGGUGACAGUGAGCCAGUUUGCCGAGCAAUCGUCACACCACUAUCCAGCAGGGAUGACGAAAUCGCGGCAAUUAACGACUCGGACUCAGACCGCCAAGCCACCGCCGCAUCAAUUACGACCCCAGCGGCGAUUGUGAGAACUGUUAAUUGCAGUGCGCAUACGGUCCCACGGCAGCCACGUGCUAUAAAUACUGCACUCCUGGUGCCACCUUCACCUCUAUCUGCGAAUGUCUCUGAUGAUGGGUUCGAGUGAGAAUCCAAAACGUCAGGCAAAUAAACGUCUUGUCUCAGUGAUCGCAUCUUCAUCUUCUGAACUGCUACCUGGGACUCGCCUGUUCGCUUUUAUCAGCAAUCUUUUUGGGCGCGUUUAAGCUACACUAGUAAUCUUGAUCUCUCGCCGCACGCUGACAGAAUUACAGCCAAAGCUGCCCAGAUUUGUGGCUUUAUUUCUUACAAUUUCUAUCUUCCUGAAAUUAAAUUAAGGCUCUAUCGUAUGUUUGUACUUCCCAUUCUCGAGUAUUGUUGCCCAUUCUUUGGUUUGAUGAAUGAAGCCAGUCGUUUAAAAAUUGAAAAUGUCCAACGACGUUUUUCAAAAAAACUUUUAGAUAGGGAACAUCCCAAUAUCUCCUACUCAGAUAGGUGCCAACUAACUAACCUAAAAUUUUUAUUGGUUCGAAGACUAGAAGCGGGCUUCUGUCUCCUCUUUCGCAUUAAUCAUAGUUCAAAUUUUUCUCGGAUUCCAACACUUACCCCUAGUAGUCGCCCAUACAAUCUUCGCAACUCGUCUCUAAUUAUACCUCUUCCAGCGUCCUCCACAUCUAAGCGCUCCCUUUUUUCGCUUCCAGGUAUACUUUCCUCUGGAAUAACCUUCCAAUAAAUAUAAGAUCUUCAGAAAAUCUACACACCUUUAAGUGAAGGCUACGCCUUUAUCUGAAUACUGACUCGAUUAAACUUUUAUUUUCCUCAUCCUUCCCAGACAACUUUUUCUAUGACACUGAGAAAGGGCCACCGGGAAUUUAGUAUGCCGCUAUUAAAUUUCCGUAUCUGUUCACGUUUCCUUUCUUUAUGAGUAGUCUCGCUUCCUAAGAUCCCUCACCAGAAAUGUUAAUUAUUCCAAUUUUUUAGUUCAUGCAUCGUGCCCUCACAGAAUGCGCGCCAUCGACGCUCUUGGCGAAACCUUCUGUAUUCGCCAUAUACUAGUAGUUUGGUCGCAUCUCCCUUCCCCCAUCCUCGGUUGGACUCGGAUGAAUGUAAUCGACCGCAUCUGGGUUCCUAUCGCCUCGAGACUGAUCUUCUGAUGCCCUCACUGAAUGCGCUCCAUCGAUGCUCUUGGCGAAGCCUUCUAUAUUAGCCAUAUACCAGUAAUCUGGUCGGAUGGACUCUGAUGAAUGUAACAGACCGCAUCUGGGUUCUUGUCGCCUCGAGACUGGUUGUCAUCGUGCCCUUACUGAAUGCGCUCCAUCGGCGGUCUUGACGAAGUCUUCUAUAUUCGCCAUAUACUAGUAGUUUGGUCGCUUCUCCCUCCCCCCAUGUUCCACCCAUGUUCGGAUGGACUCGGUUGAAUGAAACCGACCGCAUCUGGGUUCUUGUCGCCUCGAGAGUGGUUGUCAUCAUGCCCUUACAGAAUGCGCUCCAUCGGCGGUCUUAACAAAGCCUUCUCUAUUCGCCAUAUACUAGUAGUCUGGUCGCAUCUCCCUUGCCCCAUCCUCGGAUGUACUCGGUUGAAUGAAACCGACCGCAUCUGGGUUCCUAUCGGUUUGAAACUGGUUUUCAAUUUCGGCACUUAUUUUUUUCUUAUUCAAGGCGAUACAGGCCAGUCCUGACCAACCCGCCUACGUACCAUUUUAUGAAAUCCGUUACACAAUGCCAUAUACAGCUGACAUCUAUUUCGGCCAUGUUGAUGUCGGGCUUUUUUCCAUUUUGUACCGCCACAUGCAGGCCAGUCCUCCCUUUUUUAUCUGAUGCUAUUUUUCGGAGGGGUUUUUUUUUCUCCUGUCAAAUUACUACAAUCAUUUUUAAAUUUUGCUUUGGAGUUAUUUUUUCACCCCUCGUUUUUUUCAUUUUCAUCUUGCUUAAUGAACUUCUAACCUCAAAAACUAUGCAUUGCACUUUGUGCAGAUUUUGCCUACAUCGUCGAAAAUCUGCAUGUAAAUUUAUUUUUACUUGCUUUGAUGGGACCCCGACGGGUCUUUAAUAAAAUAAUUGAAAUUGAAAUAGAUCGGCUCGACGGCUGAGACUGCGUUCGCGCAUUAUGUGUCUGAUGCGAAAACGGCUUAAAUAAUAUCAACGAUGAUUUAAUGUUUAGGAUGGGAGAUUACCAGAAUAUAUGCUAGCAUAUGUUUAUCGAUAUUGGAAAUUUCAGGUAGCUUGCCUAAGCUUAAGAUUUCGCAUGGCUUUUGGCUUCUAUUGAGCCUUCCUGCGAAGUUAGGCGGUUAGAUAUGGUAUAAGUGAUGUACAUGUCAUUUGGCCUACUUAACUGGUGAACGUUUCGCAAACGGCCGCUGAAAUAGUUGUUAGUUUUGGAGAAAUAUCAGUCUUUUUGGUCGGUAUCUGUUUCCUGUUAACAUGUGUCAGUCGCCUCUCACUCGUCGCCCCACACUUCAUGGAACCGAAAUCCGUGUCCUUGCCCAGAUGGAAUGCAUCAACUUCUUCUCACCCAUAGACGAGCAUCAUGUCUUAUAAUCCCUCAAUCGACCGGCAUGGCCAAGUACCUGAGUAGUCUCUGCCUCCCCGACUUGCGCACUAAAGCCGAAUUUGUUGGUUACGCGCUAUAUGUGACGGUAUUUCCCAUUUCGCGUCCCGUAAGCAAUACUGUGUUUUUAUAGCGCCCGUCAGGUAACGCGAAUCGUCCUCAAGUCAACAUGACUGACCCCAGCGGCUUUGUAACUCACGUCGAAACUAUCUUGUUUAGACCUGCAGCCAUAGAUCUGUCGUCAUGAGGGACGACUCGAUGACGACUAAGCUUAAAUCAAGGGCAAGUUUAAUUCUCCUGCGUUAACAAUGUAGGCUGUAGAAAUAAAAAUUAGAUCUCAGGAGCGGUAUGCUACGAGUUCCCUUACCUGUAAAUCGUAUAUGCUGCCUUGUAAAUUUUCCGACAUUCGGUCAGAGUUACGAUAAGCUAGGGAUGUCUCGCCUUGUCCACUGAUCAUUUUUAUCGUUGGUGAUGUCACCUAUAUAUCCCAAGGCCUAAAUUUAAUUCUUCACUUAUGAAUCCCCUACAAAUCUGGCUUAUCCGACCGACACCAACCACUUCCUUUAUGAUCACAUUCAUUUCCAAGAGCAUAUUGCACACCUACUAACACUGAGUACGGCGGUUGCGUGGACUAGUUAAAUUCUGUCAUCAGAGAAGCCGAAUAACUAAAUAUAUUUCUUUUUCCUAAGAGACAAUGUAGAACAGAUAUGAACAUAGCUUUCAAAAUCGUUGUAGGGCCGGAAUUUGCUCCUCAGUCUGUUGAUAUUUUUGAGAUGCUACGAACAAUGACUAUGCGAGGCCACCAAUCUAAGUCAAAGGUGAACUAUGUCAGCCAUGGAGAGCGAGUCUAUUUCCGCUAUAACCGGAUUGUUGAAAGAUAGAUCAUUAUCCCAAAUUUUGUUUUCCUUGCAGAAACCUUUACGACCUCUAGUAGAAGCUUUCGCCGGUUUUUUCUUCAUGGUCGCAUAUUAUCUUGGUAUUAGUGACUGAAACAGUUGUUAUGCAAGUUGAUGCAUGCUAUUCAUCCGUAUAUCUGUAGGGUCCUCCCUAUCUUCCUUACAUAUGCCAAAUUACAACUAUGCAGAUAUCCACAAUUUUUUUCUUAAGAAUCAUUUGCGGUGCCGACCUCAAGUAUUUAACCUUUACAUGUUCACAAUGUUGACCUAAUUUAUUUCAUACUUCUGUCAUACUCAUCUCAGUAUGCGCUCUUUCGCCUAGCGCCAGAUUCUUCUAAUAGUUUUAAUGUUGAAAAACUAACAAUAUUUUGCAGACCGAACUCGAUUAUUAGGAGAGUAUAAGAAUUCAUGCCACGCGAGAAUGUAUUUCUGUUUACACAUUUCGCACGUGUAUUCCAUUAAUCAGAUCACUGCAGUUCGCGAAUUAUCCAACGUCGCUUAAUACAUAGAUACAAUACGAUUACACGUCAAAUAAGGCCACUAUAUAAUGACGAGAGGCCUGUUUUCGGCAGAACUGCUAGAAGUCACUAUGAGAAGGGGUUAGAUAGCUUUCGUUUAUUUUCAGUCGUGGGAAAACAAACGACAAAAUUCGGCAAGGGCCGAUACCCAUAUCCAGUUUAAAUUUACAAUUUAAGUCAUGCCUUAAGGUAUGCCACGGAAUCAUGCGGUGUGAACCACGAUCCGCAGUACUACGAUUCACAUAACAGUAAAAUGAUAAUAUUUUUGACGAGCACCCAUCUUAAACCAUGUCUGGGUACCGAUAGACGAACGCUGAUUACUUGACUGUUGAAGACCAUUAAGUUAGAAACAACAAUUCUCUUCAAACUUUGGUCUACCAAAGAAAAAAUUCUCGAAUUUUUAACAACUUUAUUUAUUGGCGAAAUAUAUCUGAACACUCGACACUCCAAUGAUGUGGAAUGACCAUAAAUGCGACACCGAAAAAAUGCCAGUAUUUUUAGGUUUAGUGCCAAUGAUCUCACAAAAAGCGUCGUAAGCCAACUACUCCGAUGUCAACGAGAUCUUGAUGUAGUCAGAAAAUAAUAUCCGUACAUGGGGUGUGCGCAGUAAAAUGAUGGAAACAAAUGUGUCCGUCGUGUUGGAAGAUUCUGCAACUGUGCGAUCCAUCAAAGCAUAUUCAUAACCCUUGGCAAACCCAUUUUGCAAAGUGCUCAACUGUCCAGCAUUGUAACGAAUAAGUGAACAAUUUUCUCGUUGUUUACUUUAUGGUACAGCACACCCUAAACAAAUUUAUUUCUGAUCUGUAAUGCAGUGAACGAGAUUUGAAAUAUUUUGUUGACUGUUUGCCGUAGUCAUGCUUUCCUCUAUAUCGACUCAAUUCCUCUGUCGAAAAUGCUCACUCCAUUGCUGACUGCCUGUCUGAACCUAAAAACAAGACCAAUCUGUAAAAAUAAAAAUAAUUUCGCCAUUUUACUUUGUUCUCAGCUUUAUACACCAUGUGACGCAUUUUUUCCUCGAAUGCAAAUUUACGCUUUAAUUUGUUUAUUUCAACUGAACUAUUAAGGCCGUCAGUCGUCUUCGCUCCCAACAUUUCGAAAGACGCUUUGCGCCUUUCUCCGUGCGUCCGCACGUACUUCCUUCAGAAAUCCUACGUUACCCGCGCACUCAUCUUUUUGAAGUCGAACGAUAAUGCUUAUUGUUUUUAUGAUUGCGUUUAUGUUGGGAUAUAAGAAGAUUUUAUGGAGCACAGAAUUGUUCUAAUUUUAUAUAAUCUGGAUAAAUUAUAUUUAGACCAUAUAUAAUCAGUAGAAGUGUUACAUGAUUUUGCAUUAUACAAUCAAAGAAGCAAGUAAUUUUUGGGUGAGAAAUGUAAUGCAGUCCCAGGUUGUACACUACUUCGAGAGGAAAUCAAGCAGUUAUCCAUUUUUCGAGAUAUCCCUGCUAGCACCAGCCCCGUCUGGCCCCGCCUAGCCCCCGGGGCCAGACGGGGCUGGGCCCCGUUUGGGCGGGGCAAUGACGGUACUACGACGGGGCUAGGGACCCGAUAGCCCCGUCUGGCCCUGGGGGGCUAGGCGAGGCCCAGCCCCAUCUGGCCUCGUCCUCGAAAAAAACGCGCAGGGAGACGCCACGCUCUCCGUGAUAUUAACCCCUCAUUUACGUUACCAGUAUUAUCCCUUUCCUAGUUCUGCGCACAGCAGGUUUAACUAUUCUACUUCUGGUCGACGAACAACCAUAACCCUUACCUUUGUUAGGUAUUGCCCACCCUCUAAAUAUAGUGAUAGCGCCGAAAACUCGAACAUGUCCCGAGGUCUGCAGCAGGCAGACAUUGACUGCAUUGUUUAAUGGACGCAUUAAUAGUAAUGGACAGUUUCCCCGUUGCGAGCCGACACAUAUGUAGGAGCUUCCGCAUGACACCAAGACAAACGAGGUGCAUGUAAUCAAUUGGAAACGUAGCAACCAUAUCAAUAGGCAAGUCCUCGAAAGGUGAGGUGCCUUUAUGGUGCUGCUCCUGACUUCUCGUGCGAAAUGACCUGUCAUCCCGCAGACGCCCGCUGUGUACCGGGAACGUCAUGCGGUUUGCCACGGAACUACCCAUAUGAAAACACCUAGGAGGAUUACAUUUUCGUCCAUUAUAGCAAUUACCUGUCGCAGCCGUAAUAGCCAUUAUGCGCUUUUACUUGCCGGACGUAGGACCGAGCAGGUGUGUCGCAGAUGACGUUGGCCAGCUCAACUCUAACUACAGCGUCCGUAUCCGGGACCUGAAGUCCGCUGGUCAGAAUAUCCUUCAGUUCUGAGAUGCACUGGCCAAUAAAUACAUCCAAAGGCUCAGGCUUGCCGGAACCAGGGAACACUCCAACAACAAACGGCAGUCCACGGACAGCAUAGCUGACUCGACCGAGGAUUGGCCAUAGGCACUGGCCAGACCCUUUAAACAACUUCAUUCCGUCAAUGUGGAGUUGAACCCGUAUUUUCGGUAAAAAAGGCGACAGACCGCGCUUAAGGCCCAGGUGGACGUAGCUGCCGUUAGAGAGGGACUCAGUAACGCAUGCUCGCGGUGUCUGCAUGAGAGUUCGCGGGUCCUUGGGCACAUCUGGGUGUUAUUUACGCGACAUUUGGAACAACAACUUGAAUGUUGCCUGCGGUAGUUGGACACUUAAGCAGAAUUCCCUCAAAUCUGUCAGGAAGCAAUUGCCACUGAACGGGUUCGAGCUUUCAUCUGCAACCUGGUCGUCGUCUACAUCGUCUUAUAGCAUACCAUAUAACACCUACCAAUGCUCAAUUCAGGGCUAAGGUGCGGCAUCGAUGGUUCGGGUGACGGUUCCGUUACGAGAGAUGACGUAGACGGGAGCGAGGGAUCAUCGGUGGCGGCAUAGUACGCCAUCUUCGCCCGCUUAAUCAUGCUGUGCAUUGUACUGCGAUGAAGUCCCCAGUAUUUCCUAUCCAUAUUUGCUUAGAAUUAACAUAUAAAUAGCAUUAACAUAUAUUAGACCGCUAUAUAGUACACACAAGCAGUCAGAUUACGUGCCAUUCUUAUAAAUAACUUAAAUUACGAUUAUAGAUACUAAAAUAAAGCAUUUACUUAUUACAAUGACAUAUUGCAUCGCGUGGAAGAAAUAAAUAAGUAAAUGGAUAACGUACUGCAGUCAAAACUAGCUAAGUAAGAAGCAGGAGUCGGUCAGCUGUAUGGAUCAGUCAGCGUAGAAGUGCAGUCCACGUGCGUAGGUACAUGGCCGACUUAAACAAGGCCAAUAUUUGCCUUCGUGAAACGAAAGGUUCUCUCGAUGUCAUACGACUGAAAACACAUUAUACAAGUUAAAAAGCUUAUAUUUCACGAUAAUAAAGCUCAAACAGUCGAAAAUAAUGCAGAAUGACGUUAUUAGAAAGGAUGGAAAUUUGGACGGGGCCUAGCCCCGUCUUGCCCCCGGGGCCAUGUGUUGGCAGGGUCAGUUGGUAUAAAUUUGCUGAACGUCACCUUUAACCUUCAAUAUCUAUGGCCCACUAAGACCGAAAAAUUCUUAAGCGAUGAGUCCAAACCUACAAAAUGAGCAACUUCUCAACAACACUAUCAAAUUUAGGUUGCUGGCGGGCUCGUUAACAUAGGCACAGUUUGUUUUGCUACAAAAAGCUGUGGUAUUUUUCCAUCUUCGAAGUUCCGCUUAUAAAAAAAGGCAUAGCAGUCGCGGAUUCAGUCCCGCCAUCAAGUCCGCCUAUACCAUCGCGUACGAAGUUUGACUUCUGGACGUGGUCGGAUCGCGGGAAAUUAAAUGCUCUAAGUUUCAUCGAAUUUUACUAUCACAAAUAACUAAACGUGACCGAAUUUUUAGCCAUCCGAUCUUGCACAUUCAAUGUCCAACCAGGAGACGCAGUCAUUUGAGGACAAAGUGGCACUUGUACGAUGUCUUCCCGAGUUAAACAACCUUCGUAUGACAGGCGAACUGACCGAUCUGACUGUAGAGGUAAGUUUGUAAAUGAACUUCACUGUUCUUUUCUCAUUUUAAGCUACAGGACGACGUCUCGCUGCCUGUACACAGGUUGGUUUUGGUCUGCAGAGUACCCUCCCUACGUGAAUCCUUAUGUACAAUGCAUACGCAAAAAAAGGCUGUCCUUGAGUGGCCAAAGGUUUCCUCUGAGUAAUCACUCGUGUUUUAUUACGACUACCGCGCAGAGUCGCUAAACCACUAAUCGACUAUGUGUACACGGGCCAGCUGGAAGUCAAUGAGGCCAAUGCUACUGGUCUGAUUGUGCUGUCGCAGCAACUCGUAAUGCCUCGCGUGGAAGAGUGGGCGGUGAGUUUUAUGGCCGCCAGAUAGGUGUUAUCGAGCCCUAAUGGACUCCCAGGUUCAACGCUGAAAACUUAAAAAAAUACUGGGACCUCGCAGAAUUGCUUAAGAGCGAACAGCUAGUGAACGCCUGUCUUCAGCAUAUAAAGACAACCCUUGAAGCCACGGUUGCGAGUGACUUGUUCAUCCAGCUGCCAGCUGACGCUGUCUUGUCGAUACUGCGUGCAGACGACCUCAUAGUGGACAGUGAGGAGAGUGUCGUCAGAUCGAUUGAGCUUUGGGUAAGUUCAACCGGCGAAGUUGAAGAAACUCGAUUGGUGCACGCGGAAGCGAUGCUGCGGGAAGUUCGAUGGGACCGAGUUGAUGCCGACUUCAGAUGCAGACUAUUUAAUGAAGAAGGCUUCUGGAAUAAAAGUGUGGGAUGCUUGUAAGUUUGGGAGGCGCUUUUAACCUUUUAACUGUUAAAGAAAACUUCUAGGACGUAUAAACUCCUGGAUCGAACAUCCGUCCUCGAAAGUGGAUGAAGAGUGUCCGUUUAAUGAAAAACGCAGAAGGCCACCGGGCGGCAUCUGCUUCAUUGGCUACGCAAAAACUGGUCCGCGGUGCUUUAUCGAGUACGAUUUUGACGCAAACACUUCGAAGCCACUAGCAGUUUCAUCAGGUUCAUCUAGCGCGGCCUUCGUGGCCAUUGAGAGUGAGUCCCGUCCAUUUGAACUUUCGAUAGGACAGUCAGCUGUUAUAUCUGUCUUUGUUUGGUUUUGACUGUCACCUGGAAUCGAUGUGGAACACGGACAUGUAGAGGGCUGGUCGUUCAGUGGGUUAUGUUGUAAUUACCGCCGAGAAGGCGGGUUAAGUCGGCGGGUACGACUGUGCGCAUGCCGGUUUGUCGGAGCUGAAGUCGGUCGAGUGGCUUCAGGUCAGCGCGUGUGAAACGGCUCGCUGCAAGGGGGUGAAUGACCUUGAGGCAGCGAGGCCUUGGGCGGGGACACCAGGCAGCCAUGAUUGCUGUCGGCAACACGGAUAUUCUCCCGACCAAUAUCACAUGCUGUUCAAAACGUCCUCGAUUUUGCCCUAGCGACUGUUAUUCGUCCGUUGUGUGCUUGCUUACUGAACGCAGCUCACAUGUACCAACCUUGACAACCAUCUGUCUGCGUUCUUUUUUGUCAAACAUUCGUUUCUCAUCAAAUUCACAAGGGGUGUCAGUGUUUUGCAUACAAAACGACCGUCUGAUUUCAGGCUUUCACAUCGAACUCAAGUAAUCGGAGCGUACUGCUGUCAAGAAUGUCCAAAGGACCGUCUAACGCUUCUUAAUUGACAAAUGAUUGCGUUUCGUCUGUUGUUACCAGCGUUUGUGUGGUGACGAUGAUGGCUUUUUACAAGCCCCUGUCUUUUCUCCAUAACACGCAGAUCCGCCUUCUAAAUUUCUACGCGAACGCGAAGCAUGCGCAUCGACCGUGUAUGUUUGUGUAAACCGAACAAAACAAGCUCCCCAGGAUUGACAUUUUUGCGCGAAAGACGCUUAUCUGAAUGUACACAGGUUGGUUAUGGUGUGCAGAGUACCCUCCCUACGUGAAUCCUCAUGUACAAUGCAUACGCAAAAGAAGACUGUUCUUCAGUGGCUAAAGGUUUCCUAUGAGUAAUCACUAGUGUUGUAUUACAACUGCCGUCCAGAGUCGCUAGACCUCUAGUCGGCUAAUUCUACACGUUUGUUACCAUCAGCGUUGGUGUGGUGACGUCGAUGGCGUUUGACAAGCUCCUGUCUUCUCUCCGUAACAUGUUUGCAUCAACCGGACAGGGUUUGUGUGAACCGGAUAUUCACCUUAAUACGGGAAAGACGCUUAUCUGCCUUUUCGCCUCCUCGCAAGGCGUCGCCCACUGUAAGCCGUGGAAGACUGAUCCCAUGCUCAUUAACUGACUGCCUCCCGUCGCAUAGAAAUAAGUGAACAGAAUGGUUUUUCGUCUUGUCUUGUACUUUUCUCCCUUAUCCAGAGCAUAGAUGUUUUAUCGAUGCUGGCGUUCAACAGGCCUACGCCCCCUCACCGACGAUUUUAAACCGCGCGAUGGAAAACGCGUGCUGCGCCAUAAUCUGCCAACUUCUGGCCAGAACCCUUUUGCCAUUGUAUAAGCCUGUGGUACAAGACCGGAAGUCGUAAAACAGCAUGUCUGUGCCAGAUCCUCCGACUUCAUGAGAACACUCAUUGUGGGGUAAUUUAUCGCCUUUAAAUGUGUAUUUUCUCACAUAGUCGACGCCUUUCGUUGAUAUCCUUGACACUCGUUUUCGUAUCUCCUCACUUCGCUCCUUAUUGCAUUGGAAACAGGCUGCAUCUUCGCGAUUGGAGGAGAUGAUAACGACGGCAGCUUUCCAAAUGUUCACAAAUUUGAUACGAAGGAACAUCGGUGGAAGGAAUGUGCGCGGCUCUCCACGGGACGGAGGUGCCAUUCGGUAGUUGCCGUCCCAGUCGGUCAGGGAAACGUGAUUUGUGUCUUUGGCGGAUGGAACAAUCAGAACGAGUGUCUUGACACUUGUGAAAUCUACUCUGCACAGGAAGACAAGUGAGUCUGCUGGCCGCCGUAGCCGCAUAGUAAAGUAAAUGGCAAUAUUGUUCACCGUCAAAUUGAGGCAGGCUUGAAUGAAUUUUUCUGCCGUAUGAGUGGGUUGGUCGUCAGUCAACCGUGCCCUUCUCCCAGGCUCGAAGCCUGAGGGCAUUACGCACUGCAUUAGGACACCGCGUCUAUUCGCCGAUUAAUCUCCUGUCUUAACUUGGCCUCUCUUUGCUCAGACUUGGCUUUAGUCAAAGGCAAUUUUCUACGGCCGCUUAUGUGUUCUCACUUUCUGGCCGGAUUCCCUUUGACGAUUGCAACUAAGAAAGUUCUAUGGCGUAGCUUUACAGUCUACCUCUUCCAUAUUCUUUCUCAGGUUCCACAAGCGUUAUUUGUAAGCUCAGUGAGGAUUAAGCGAUCGUGAUUUGGCUGUUUUUGCUGAAACUGUACAUUUGGUCUAAGAAUGUAUGUAACAGAGAUAAACUGAAAAUUCCGACUAAAAUGUCUGCACAUAUCGCUUAAAAUGCGAUGUUUGAUGUAGCCAACUGCAACAGAGCGACUGUUACCGCACUUGACAGUUUCCAGAGAAGAGUGGCCUGAUUGAAAUCUGUGGUUACGGACGGCGACCUAUCGGUAAGACUUGAGGCAUUAAAGCCCGUCGAAACCUCCAGAAGUGGAGCAAUCAUCUCCACCCCACUUAACCCCCACUCUCCGAGAUCCAGAUAGUGUUCCAGAAGAAUAGCAAUGUUUAGUGCCUUCAAUCCUACCUUGAUCGACCCUACACCCCCCCCCCACUCUCCGUGACCCAAAUAGUGGUCCUCCAAAGUAAAGCUAGGCCUCGAUGGGAGAUCUCAAAUCCCUUACUAGAUAGACUGUUAUGAAGUUAAUACUAGAGCUAUCUCAGUCUGUACCUCAGUUCUGGGUAGGCCCGAAUAAUUUGAUCGGGUGGCACCCUUCUGAAGCACGAUUUUUAGGCGUUAUGAUGGUUUAGAAGCCUGUAUGUCAUUUUCCUGUGAGGAAAGUGAACACUGAAUCGACCUCACUCCUCACCCAUGUGCCAGCGGCCUGUCCGUUCAAAACCGCUUUGAGCCCAGACCGGACGCAGUGAAACCGCUCUCGCCUACCACAUGACGCGUACGAACUUAAAUCUCAGUCGUAUGAGCAAAUUGACGGAAUCGUAAUGGGCUCAGGCCAACCUUUGCCGAUGUUUUUUAAUGGUUCACCUAGAAGAAAAGGUGUCACUAUAACUGAACAUACCAGCGUUAUGCAGGUUCUACAUGGAUGAUAUACUCACGGAUGUUGAUAACAAGGUAGACGCCUCUGAUCUACUUUGUGUAAUGAAUAACGUGUAUCUGAAAAUUAAAUUUGUUAUAGAAAUGGAGCAGUGUAACAAGCUUCCCCUCCUAGACGUUCACAUGUUUAGAGAGGAUGAUGAAUCAGUACGGCGCUCCGUUUUCCAUAAGAUCACAUGGAAAGGGCAAUACUUACAUUUUGAAAGAUUCGCGCUAAUGCAACGGAAAGGAAUCUUUUAAAUACUCUUUUUCAAAGAACGAUAAAUGUUUGCUCGAGGGAGACCCUAGAUACCAAAACUGCCCGCAUUAAAGAAGCUUACUUAAUCGUGGAUAUCCUGCAUGCCUUGUUCAAAAAAUACCGCCACCAUUUACGGCCAAAAUUAACGGGUAGCUAAUAGAGUCUGAUCCACGUUUCAAAUGGGGACAUAGUUUUCAUCUCAUCUGAAAACCGCCCGCCCCCGUGGUACGUUUUUAAACGCGCUUUCUUUCGACUUAAAAUUCGUGCAACUUGUCCUGCUGACCGGAUUGUUGUCAUAAGUAGGCCACCGUUGCAGUGACCUAAUUAAGUCACCCUUUUUACCGCCGUCUUCAUUUCAGAUGGUAAAGACUACCUGGUUUAAAAGAAAAAAGGCAAAACUCUACCGCUGUUGCGCUGCCGGACGGUCGCGUGUUUGUGAUUGGCGGCAAACCCGAUUUUUGUGUCAAAUCAUUGUCCUCUGUGGAGAUGUGUCAUUUACGAGAGGCAGCAGACUGGCGUGGACCACGAAAGUCAUCGGACAGCUUUUGGAAGGCUGCUGCUCCCAUGCUAUCCGCAUAUAAUGGAUGCACGGCGGUCGUAUUCAAGGGCGACCUUUUUAUUUCUGGAUGCAGUGCCUAUGUUCAUAAUGAUUAUAACGUACGGGUUGAUGUCUUCGCCCCGCCCGACAACCGGCGCCCCUUGGGUAAGUGGACACGCCUCACUGAACAUACCUUAAAGGAGUCUUUUUUUACUCUCGCCGUUUGGCAGGACAGACUUUUUUCUUUCCGUGAGUCAGCAGUUCUGUCUCUCUUCCCCUGAUGAGUUGAUUUUGCUGUCCUCGAGUCUGCCUACUGCCUGUGGGCCGUCUGGCUGUCAAGAUGGCCUAGUUCGGUCCUCUACUUCCCCUUGCAUUUUUAAGCCCUCUCUUUGUUUCUCUCAUCGCAACUAAAUGAUCGGAAGACCCAAAUUUGGAGAAGGUGUUAGCACCUUUAGGGAUAGAUUUAGGGCCACACGCAGUGGUCCUUCCAGUGGAUAUGUUUUCAUGGUGUAAACUUGUUUGCUGACAACAAAAGGAUCCUGGCGACAGUCAUUUAGGAAUAAAUGUGUUUGAAGUGGGACAGCCGUUCGUUGCAUUUACCUCAUCCCCCCCCCCUUUAUCACUCACAGCGCCUCGACUGCUUGACAGGCCUGCGACAGAGAUAAUUCGUCAGCGUAAUUUCGUCCAACGGCUGUCCAGCCGCAUGGCGAAACCCGUCGGCAUGCGUCCGGUGCACACACCCCACCCGGUCUUUACUGCCUCAGGACAUUUAGGUUAUAUAUAUAUAGGCCUUUGUCUGGAAGGAUUCUUUGCUUCUAGGUGAGGCCGAUGAUUUCAGGAAAUAACACUGAAUUGCUAUGAUGCGCUUUUUACUUGGACGAACUCGGUCAGCGCCAUCGCGGAUCUCGGCCGGCUGGUCUUAUGUAUAGUUGAGCAAGAAUUCACCCCCAAGCAUGCGUGGUUUUGACCUGGACUAUGACUGCCUAGAGACGGCGAAAAAUAACUCGGGGAAUUAUCGUUUCACUUUCCCCUUGUGCAAUGACAAUUAUGCUUUUCUGUAUUUGUUUUAACUCGUGUUUUUUUUACGAAGACUGAACGAUUAGGAAUUGCCUAGUUUUAUAGUGUUAUAGUAUGCAGUCCCAUGUACAAGACCAAAUAUUCUGAAGGGUGAAGUACCCACUCGUUGAUCUGACUCUGUAGUCUUGCUCCUCCCUCUUGUUGGCCAGAACGGGACAAACUGUGUGAUACCGGUCGACGGUACUUUGUCGGGCACGAUUAGGUUGUUUUUAUUCAUUAAAUAUCUGCAUUUGACUCGACCUGGGAGAUAGCUGUACACGGUUCUCGAUUCUGCAGCACAAGGGGAGCUUUUUCGAGAGAUGACAGUCGUCGAUGUGUCGUCUAGCGUAUGUUUUCCAUAAAUGGGCAACCCUUGUUAUUACUGUUCUCAAGCUGGAGAAUAUGGCGGUUUCAGUGAUCUCCGGUCGAUUUAUCGUCUAAAAGCGAGAUUGGAGACAAUGUAUGCACUGACACUAAAUGCGGCUUGAAAAGUCAUUUUAAACAUUUGAAGAUCUAUAUAAACUCGCGGCGUUGUAUUAUUCCGUUCAUAGUAUCUUCUCGGUUCAUCCACUUCUGCCGUUAUAAGUGAUGCACUGAUGGCUGUGACUGAAUGUGUACCUGGGCGUUUAGUUCGACUGCUCCCUGGGGAUUAACUUCCAGGUAAACUGCAAGACUUCGUCCCGAAUGAGACAGUCAAGAGUCGAUGCGAACCCGAUGCGACGGACGGUUGAGGCAUUUGGAACAUUUUAUUCCUUUCCUACUUCAUGCGUAUUGCUUUUAUUAUAUUCAAUGCUUCGUGUUUGUCUGCAGUGCACGUGAGGUUGGAGCGGCUAGCUGGAAGGUUGGUUCGCCUCUGUUCUCCAGGACAUGCAGGCACUUCUUAAACCCUGAGAAUUCUCGGCAAUAGAUGAGGUGUUGUUUCGGGCUGAUCGAGCCGAAUUCCCCUAAUGGGAUCCUAAGGGCCGAUUUGGUCGAUGAUUUAUAGUUCUGCCGACAAUUUACCUAUUUGCCAAAACGGCUUUUUCACCAGCGCACUAUCAGAGUCAACGGUAGUUAUGUGCCCACCCCCUCUCCACAUGCAUCCCUACUCCCCUUCCUCACUCAUUCCCAACAUCUUUGGUUGUUUUGACCCGCUUUCACCUUCUAAUCAAAUUUCAGUUGGAAAUAAUUACUGUCUGCUUUCCUUCUUCUCAUUGGAGGUUACGGUUAUGAUCAAGGCGUAUCAAUCAGGGAGUUCGUCCCACCGUCAAGUCAGCCCAUGCCAUCGCGCAAGAAGUUUGACUUCUGGACCUGGUCGGAUCCCAGGAAAAUAGAUGGUUUAAGGUCCAUCGAACGAGCAUUUCCUCUGUGCUAAAAUUUGCUGAUUUUUUCAAGCGUUAAGCUUAAAGAAAAAUUUGUUAUACAUGCUUAUUUUUAUUCUUCAAUAAAAGUGACUGAGCUACGUAUCAUGCUUCAAAUUUCCUUUCUGUGCCAAAUACAAACUUGGGAAUUGGACAUCAGAAUCUGUAGGAGUUACACACAGCUGCGGUCAUGCCUGUUCUAGUUUAAAUCAAUACUCUCGUAGGAUGAAUCGGCAACAAUAUUCCUUGGUAAUGUGUUUCGCCCCCUGGAGACGAGACGAAAUGUCGAGGCCCCAGGGGCCACCUCCACGUCCCGAGGACCUGUGCCGACCAUUUCGCCACCUCCUGAGAAUUCGCUUGCAACAGCGGCACCGUACCAGUGUUAA